AUGGCGGCGCCUGCUCAGCUCGCCAAGAGGGCCGAGCUGUUCAUGGAGUUCACUAAGGCGAGGCUCCAGUUCAUCACUUGCAAUAUCCACGGUGGGAUGGAGAUCAUGAGCCAUCGGCACACGACGAUGUCACGCACUGCUACGUCUGCCGUGCUGCGCCAGCUGGAAUCGAUCACAGCCUUGCCUAUUCACGUCGCUUCUGAACUAGUGGAGGUGUUGACCGGCCCGGCCCUCGACAUUCUUGUCGAAGCUGAUCGGCGGGCCCUGGUCGCCGGGAUCAACGGCAAGACCGACCUCGACGGGACUGGCGCGGGCCAAGUCGUCAAGGACGAUGAGAAGAAGCAGGUCGUGCAGUAUCCAGAGAGGUAUUUCACCGAGGCAGAGUGGCAGGCGCUUCGCACAACCGCGGAGAUGGCCGUCAGCACCAUUGUGAACAAGAUGAUCACGCUGCGCAUUCUCUUCCCCAACGAGGACACCGUCGCGAAUUUCAGUGCGGUGGGCCAGUGGGCGCAGCGUGACAAUACCAUGAACGAUGCUAUCUGGUGGAGGGACUCGAUCAAGAGCAACUUGAAAACGCUCCGGAAGACCGUUCCACCCUCCCAGCAAUUCAUCAAGGUCUACCCUGAGGACCCGCGCGCCCUCGCCGAGGUAGAUUCUGUGCUGUUCAACUCGGGCUUCCUCGCGGCACCUGCAGUCGAUCCUCCCGACGAUCUCUUCCCAGAUGCGCUCCCCAUCAUGAAGAGCGCGAUGCCGCGCCGCGUCUCGAACCAGUUGACUGGGAACAAGGGGCCGCGCCGUGCUCCGGCGGUGGCGCGGGCGAGGCCGCUGGGCUACCAGGACUCGCCGCCGAGCUACCAGGACUCGCCGCCGGGCUACCAGCUCGCGCCGCUGGGCUACCAGGACUCGCCACCAGGCUACCACGUGGACGGCGCGGUCGCGGGCAGCGCAGGGGCACAGCGCAGUGCCGAGGCGCCGCCGUUUCAGGGUCCUGCGCUGAUGCCGCCGCCGCAGGGCGCUGUUCCAGGCCCAGUCGCAGGUCCGGCCGCGGCGCCAGUUCCGAUAAUGCCGCCGAUGGCGGCGGGGCCCAGCGCAGGCGCAGAGGCCGCCGCUGGGGCCCUUGCCCCAGGCGAUGCUGCAGCGGCCGCCGUGGAUCAGAUGCUCGACGAAAUGGGCAAGAAGGGGGGCAAGUCGGCCAGCAAGGGUAAGACGAGCGACACAGGGCGCCCCGUCUUGAAGCGCCCGGCGGCAGCGAGUGCAGGCCCUGCGAAGAAGAAGCCCGCUGCGGCAGGCCCGUCGACGCCUGCGAAGAGCGGCUCAGUCCCCGAGCCCAGUUCCCGGGGGAAGCUGAAGGUUCCUGCCUAUCCUGGGGCCGGGUACUUCGAACCGAUGAGCUGCGGUGAGGCCACGAUCCACUGCUCCCACGACAAGAAUCUCUGGCGCGUGAAGCCGGAGAAGGCCUCGCGCGAUGACAAGGAGUUUGCGUGGGGCAGCCGUGACCCACGCGAGGCGUGGAAGCUCGUGCAGAAGCAUCUUCGUGACCUUGCCAACGCAAAGUAG